UGCACCCUAAAUCGCUGGCUUCGUCUGGACAAAAACCCAUUCAGGAGAUGUGCCAUCCGCUCGGAGCCGAGGAGGCAGUUCUCACACCCAGUCCAGAUGUCAGAAACAUCACUAGCAGCAUUGGAGAGAAGGACCAAAUUCUGCCCAAUGGGACGCCGGUGGAGACAUCUAGUCCCUCCUCCUCGUCCUCCCUCCUGAACCGGCUGCAGCUGGAUGAUGACCUGGAUGGAGAAACACGUGACCUCUUCGUCACCGUCGACGACCCGAAGAAACACGUCUCCACCAUGGAGACCUACAUCACCUACAGAGUGGUCACUAAGACAACGCGGGUGGAGUUUGACCUACCAGAGUACACCGUGAGGAGACGCUACCAGGACUUUGAUUGGCUCAGGACCAAGUUGGAGGAUAGUCAGCCUACACAUCUCAUACCACCCCUCCCUGAGAAGUUUGUGAUGAAGGGGGUGGUGGACCGGUUCUCUGAGGAGUUUGUUGAGACGAGGAGGAAGGCUCUGGAUAAGUUCCUGAAGAGAGUGGCUGACCAUCCUGUCCUAUCGUUCAACGAACACUUAAACUCCUUCCUUUCUGCCAAGGACCUGAAUAAGAGACAAGGCCUAGCCCUGCUCUCUAAGAUGGGGGAGUCGGUGAAGUACGUGACAGGAGGGUACAAGCUGAGGGGCCGACCCGUGGAGUUUUCUGCUAUGGGAGACUACCUGGAUAUGUUCACACAGAAGCUGGGUACUAUUGACAGGAUAGCACAGAGAAUCAUCAAAGAACAGUCUGAGUACCUAGCAGAGCUGAAGGAGUACGGUCCAGUCUACACCACCUGGGCGGCGGCAGAGGCGGAGCUACAGGGGCCUCUGGAGGGCGUGGCCAGCUGCAUGGCUAACUGCUCCAGCGCCCUGGACGAACUCACCCAGGAUAUGAGCGGAGACUUCCUGCCCGUGCUCCGAGAAUACGUCCUCUAUAUCGAGUCCAUGAAGGCUGUUCUGAAGAAGAGGGACAACGUCCAGGCAGAAUAUGAGGCCAAACUGGAAGCUGCUGCGCUCCGGAAAGAAGAGAGACCAACAGCCAAGGUGCCUACAGACGUGGAGAAGUGCCAGGACAGAGUGGAGUGUUUUAACGCUGACCUGAAGUCAGACUGGGACCAGUGGCAGAACAACAAGACCCAAGACUUCAGACAGUUACUCACUGGCAUGGCAGACCACAACAUCCAGUACUAUGAGAAGUGCCUUGCAGCGUGGGAGUCUGUCAUUCCAGUAUUACAGGACAAGCAGCCACAGGAGACAGAAACAGAGGAAGACUGACACCGCCAGCUCCCCUUUGGAGCACAUUGGAAAGUGGACAUAACAUCUCAAACACUUCUCUACCCGAGUUACCAGUGUCACACACAGACACAGAUACUCUCGACGGGAGAUUACCAAGGAAAUGGGCUUUUGGGUCUACAGACUGAAGUCCUUUUUAGUUUUGGUGUUUCUAUUUGUGAAACCCAGUCAGUCGGGACGUCCCAUCCUGCCUGCUGGGCAUUAUCUCACGUCAGGUAGCGCAACGGCCGCCUGCACUGAUCUGUCUGAUAACUUGCAAACACUCAUGGGAUAGCUAAAAUGAAGUUUGGCCGCAAUAUGCUGUGCUAGCAUUCGGGAAUGUUACAAAGGUGACAUUGUCUGCUUAAAAGCCUCUACAUCAUCUGAAAGAGUCAGAUUUAAUCGGACCAGAAAUAUCACUCUGGAGUCAGAUUUAAUCUGACCAGAAAUAUCACUCUGGAGUCAGAUUUAAUCUGACCAGAAAUAUCACUCUGGAGUCCUCGAGUUAAUCUGACCAGAAAUAUCACCCUGGAGUCAGAUUUAAUCUGACCAGAAAUAUCACCCUGGAGUCAGAUUUAAUCUGACCAGAAAUAUCACCCUGGAGUCAGAUUUAAUCUG